AACUUAUGAUUGCAAUGCGGGCCUUAGGAUUUGAGCCAAAGAAAGAAGAAAUUAAAAAGAUGAUAGCUGAAACUGACAAAGAAGGAAUUGGCACCAUUAAUUUUGAAGAAUUUUUUGCCAUGAUGAGUGUAAAAAUGAGUGAAAAGGAUGAAAAAGAAGAAAUACUGAAGGCUUUCAAAUUAUUUGAUGAUGAUGAUACAGGAAGUAUAUCACUGAACAAUAUCAAGAGGGUUGCUAAGGAGCUAGGGGAAAAUUUAACAGAUGAUGAACUUCAGGAAAUGCUUGAUGAGGCUGAUCAUGAUGGGGAUGGAGAAAUAAACAAGGAAGAAUUUUUGAAAAUGAUGCAAAAGACCACUCUUUAUUAACACUGUCUUUUGUGCCUUCUGGAAAGUUGUUAACAAGUUUGUAUUUGCUGUAAGUUGCAUAAUAGCUGAAUAUAUUCAUUUUCAGUGUUUAAGUUUAUAUACAUAAACUGGUCUCUUGAUGUCUAAUCCAUGUGAGAAGUUACAUGUUGCUACCAAUAUGUUGUUAAAUCUAUAACAUCAAGAAAUAAAAUGUAGUGACUUCCUUAAACUAUGAAGAACAGUAUUAAUUAUAAGUGCUAUUUUUAGAGCCCCAGGUUCUAAAACUUAGAUUUUUUAUUUUACUUAUGGAAAUUGGCCCCACAUCAUAAGCCAGCCAUCACUUUCCCUAUUAUUUUCCUUUUGUGCAACUCUAAAAAAUGAACAUUUGCUUUUUAACGGAUUAUUCAGAUAUGUAAAGUCUUAAAUAAAACUGUCUGGCAGCAUCAAAAAAAAAAAAAAAAAA